UCUAGCUUGGCAAGAAGGUUAGGUCGUCGUCGAGAAUGAAUAAAUCAGAGAGGCUAGCGAAGACAACGGCGAGAGAAGAUAUGCUGUGUUGCUCGGAAACUGGAAAGCAGAGCGACUCGGAGCGUAGUAGAAGAGAAUGACCAAGAAAGCAGUUCCACAACUUAGUUAAAGCUCUUUGCUUUUUAAUUCAAUUCUCACGAAUCAGAGAGACCCCACGCAUCUCUCUCUCUCUCUCUCUCCACCCACAAAAAUGCCAGCUUCUGAAGAUAGAAGAGGGAAAUGGAAACGGCGGAAGCGAGGUGGGAGGAGACCGAAGCAAGAGGACGAAGACAUGGAGGAAGAAGACGAGGACAACAACAACGAGGAGAUGGAGGAUGCUGAUAAUGCCGAUGAGCUUCACCAAAACGGCGGCGCAACACCCGAUCCGGGACCCGGUGUUAACGAGGUAGUUGAAGAUUCCGGUACUCGCGUCUCUGAUUUCCCCUCAGUGGUUAGGCGCGUGGUGAUCCGGCCACACGCCUCUGUAACAGCUGUUGUGGCGGCUGAGAGAGCUGGUUUGAUUGGGGAGAGUAGAGGGCAAGGCUCGCUUCCAUCUCUGGAGAAUAUUUCGUAUGGGCAGUUACAGGCGUUGUCUACUGUGCCAGCUGAUUCUGUGUCGCUUGAUACUGAGAGGAGUGAUGGAGCGUCUUCUGCUUAUGUUAUCUCUCCACCUCUUAUUAUGGAAGGAGAAGGAGUUGUUAAACGGUUUGGGGAUAAGGUUCAUGUCUUGCCUAUGCAUUCAGAUUGGUUUGCACCAAACACAGUGGAUCGGCUUGAAAGGCAAGUUGUGCCACAGUUCUUCUCCGGAAAAUCUCCAAAUCAUACACCAGAAAGUUAUAUGCAAUUCAGGAAUGCUAUUGUCUCAAAAUACACGGAUAACCCUGAAAAGACACUGACGAUAUCUGAUUGCCAAGGAUUGGUAGAUGGUGUCGAAGAUGAAGAUUUUGCACGAGUGUUCCGUUUUCUUGAUCACUGGGGCAUUAUCAAUUACUGCGCCACUUCCCAGUGCCAUCCUGAGCCUUCUAUGGAUGUAUCAGAUGUUAGGGAGGAUUCAAACGGUGAAGUCCAUGUGCCAUCUGCUGCGUUAACAUCUAUUGAGAGUUUGAUCAAAUUUGACAAGCCCAUCUGUGGACACAAGUCAGAUUCAUCCGUGUCAUGUUCGGAUGUUGACCUCCCUGACUUGGACAUAAGAAUUCGUGAACACCUAUGCGAUAACCAUUGCAACCAUUGUUCUCGACCGCUCCCAACUGUGUACUUCCAAUCACAAAAGAAGGAGGAUGUACUUUUAUGCUCUGAUUGUUUUCACCAUGCAAGAUUUGUUGCUGGACAUUCUUGUAUUGACUUUGUAAAGGUGGAUACAACCAAAGAUUACAGAGAUCAAGAUGGAGAGAAUUGGAGUGAUCAAGAAACACUCUUGCUUCUUGAAGCUGUGGAACUCUACAAUGAAAACUGGGUUCAGAUUGCAGACCAUGUUGGUUCAAAAUCAAAAGCUCAAUGCAUUCUUCAUUUUCUUCGAUUACCUGUGGAGGAUGGUCUUUUAGAUAACGUUGAGCUUCCAGGUGUAACUGAUCCGGUAAACCCUACAAAUGGAUUUGACAACAAAGGAACAGUUUCAAAUGGGGCUUUACCAGGUUCUUCUGAGCAAGAAUCCGAAACUGAGAUCAAUCUUCCUUUCGUGAAGUCUCCUAAUCCGGUUAUGGCAUUGGUAGCAUUUUUGGCAUCAGCUGUUGGACCUAGAGUUGCUUCGUCCUGUGCCCAUGAGUCCCUCAUGGUUUUAUCCGCGGAUGAUAGGUCCAAAUCUGAAGGAAAAGAUCCCAGCUUGAUUGAUGAAACAACAUGCCAAAACGGAGCGGAAGCACCGACUCCUUUGCCACAGGACAAGGUUAUGGCAGCAUUUAGAGCCGGUCUAUCAGCUGCAGCAACAAAAGCAAAGCUGUUUGCUGAUCAUGAGGAACGUGAAAUCCAAAGGCUUUCUGCAAAUAUCGUAAAUCAUCAGCUGAAGAGGAUGGAGCUGAAGCUAAAGCAGUUUGCAGAAAUCGAAACGUUGUUGAUGAAAGAAUGCGAACAAGUAGAGAAAACACGUCAGAGAUUUGCUGCAGAACGAGCACGUAUGGUCUCAGCAAGAUUUGGAUCACCUGGACAGACUAGUAACACUAAUAAUCUCCAAGGGAUGUCUCUAUCCACUGGUGGUGGUAACAACGUCAAUACUCUCCUCCAGCAACAACAGCAGCAAGGUUCAGCUUCCUCAUCUCAACCAAGCAUCAUCCCAGGAUUCAGCAACAACCCGCAACUUCAUGCGCAGAUGCAGUUCAUGGCACGCCAACAACAACAACAGCAAGCAUUCUCCUUCGGCCCGAGAUUGCCUCUCAAUGCGAUACAGACCAAUGCAGGAUCAACCCCUUCACUGUUUGGCAACAACCAACUUAAUAAUAACCCUGCAGGUGCAGCAUCCAUCAACCAACCUCCCUUUAGUCACCCGAUGGUUAGGUCUUCCACUGGUUCUGCCUCCGGAUCCGGCUUAGGCUUAAACUAAAAACCAUCUCUUUAGCUUUUAUUGUUUUGAGCGAAGUUAUUGUCUUUAAGACCGUAGUGUUGUUAUAUGUUAGUGUCGUCAUGUAGUUUCAAAAACAAACUCUCUGGAGUCAUCUCUAUAUAAAAAUCAUUUGCCAUAGACUA